AAAUUUUAAAAAUCUAAAUUUGUGCUUCCGUAUGUCCUUAGUUUAAGUCAGUAAUAUGAAAGCCCUACCCUACAAGCUAUGAAUCUGCCAUGCUAUGUUAAAACAAGUGACUCUUCCUCUUAUUACGAGUAGUGUUAAUUGUUUGGGCUUGUAUAAAAUACAACAAAAUGUAGACAACAUGUUAGAGUUUCUUUGUGUUUUACUAGAUCGAUAUUUAACCAUGAAGUUGAACAUAUGGUGUGUUGAUGUUCUUGCACUAAAAGUCCUACCUACGCAUUAAUCUCUUUGUUAAUAAAAGUAUACAUCUUGCUUGGCAAAUGUAAGUAUAGCUUAGAGCGAGAAUCAAGAUUAGACGUAUUGUUUUACUCAUCUCCGCACUAAAAAUAAAAAAUAAAAAAAAAACUCUACUGUUAAGUAUUAAGGUACUCAAAGUACCUAGAUAUUUUAAUCGUUCGUAGGACUUGAAUGUCUCGUUUGUAGAAUAGAUUGAGACGAGAGAGUAUGUUUUCAUCUAUUGGGUUCUAUGCUUUAAUACUUCUUGGAAUUGCUGUUUAAAUGUCUAAACUUUUUCAUGCUUUAUGGAUGCUUGUUCUAAAGAACUCGUGUACGAGCCGAAUGUGCAUAUGGUUCGCUCUGUUUUUGCAUUUUUGUUACUGUUUUAAGAGUCACAUUUUUCUAAUCCUUUUCAUCUUUUCCUUUUGUUUAUAUGUACACUUCGGAGCGAUAUGGAGUCUUCAUAAAGACUCAUUAUCCGAACAGUCUCAUUUUGAGACUAUACGGCAUUCGGACUUUGCAUGUGUCUUCCUAUUCAGCUUUCGUUCUCUUGACCUUCAUCCGAACAAAGAGGGUGGUUAGCCAAGCGACGGACCACAGCUGUGUGAUUGUGAAAAACACUUAGUUGCUUAUAUUUGACCGAGCCUACUUUAUAUUAGGAUGUCUUAAUUAGCAAAUUUAGGUCUUGAAUCAAGUGAGUUUAGUUGUUCCUCGUAAGUUUGACAUUUUUAGUUAAAAGGAAGACAUGUCUCCAAAGCUAUCAUAAAUUUUACACACUAGUGUUAGCUGUUUUGAGAAAUAAGAAAAAAGAACGAACUAGUUCCUAUGGAUAACUGUUCCACUUUAAUUCCUUUCCAACAUUUGAAUCACGUAUUUGUUGAAAUAACCUUUACAUAGUUUAUAUUGAACUAGUACUUUUUUUAUUCCUUUAAAAAGUUUAUUAAUAUUAAUCUUACAAACGAUUGUUCUAAUUUAUUAAUCGGCAUGAUUUAUUUUCUCCAAAUACAUAUAAAUGUUAUCAAUCCCGUUUCUUUUAGUUUAUUAUAACUAAACUCUUUUAUGUAUAUUGUUAUUUCCUACAAGUCCUAUUUUAAAUAGCAUUCUUAUAUAUCUAUCUAUAACUUUAGCAAUACUUACAAAACUAUUUUUUUUUCUAUAAUAUUAUAUUUACACUUAGCCUAAUUAAUUGUGAGUCCGAUCGAUUAAUCAUUAUUAAUGGAGUCUUAGAGGAUGCCUAAUACCUUUCCUCUAGAUUAAUUGAACUCGUACCUAGAAUCUUUUUGGUUUCGUAGACUUUAAAAUAGAGUCAACUUUAGAUAAAUAACUUUAAUAAACUCUAGGUGUCCUAAUUCAUCGUAAAUAAUUAGGUGGCGACUCCUAACUUUAAUUAACCCCGGAAUUACCGGAAUGUUAUAAACUGUUUUGACUUCGGUUAAAAUAGGGUAUAACAACUAGCGCGACCCGCCGGCAGCGGAAGCUAUUUGAUUCUGUAUUAGGAUCGCAGAAGCCCUUAAUCCAAUUUGAAGGAAAAUAUUGUAUUCAUAAACUCAUAAAUCUUUGAAUGUGCUCUACAAUAUCCACAAUCUCUUGUUAUGAAAAUAACUAGUAGCACUCCUAUUUAUAAUAGUAUGAAACUUAUUUUAACUCAAACCAGAAAAAACUUGUUCCUAUAUUAAUUUGACUAUAAAUACUAGCUAGAUAUGAAUUAAGAUACUAAAUCUUGGUUUCCUAUAACUUUGAAUUAUUAUUUCCAACAUUUUCUUGUAUCGUAUCAUUAAAUCUAGCGUUAUGUAACGACAGGAAGUCAAAUUUUAUGUAACGACUAAUUUGGUAUUAUCACAUCAUUACCUUAUUUUCUUUUUCAUUUUGUAUUUACUUAAUUUAAUUAUAUAAUAAUCAUAUUGUAACCUUUAUCCUAUCUUUUUAUGAUAGCUCUGUACCUUACCCUACUUUUCUUGUAGGUUUAUGCUUGAAAUUGUUGAUGUCUAACAUUAUAUAACGACAAGAAAUGAUACGAUCUAUCUAAAUGUUGUAUUCAUCAAAAUAAAAUUGUACAAUAAAAUACAACACAAUACGAUAUAUUAAUACAUCAUGAAACAAUACGUAACAACCAUCCAAACAAAGUGUAAUGGAUUUGGACAAUCAUCUUGCUAGCCCUGAAUAUCUUUUUCUGGACAACAGCAUGAUAACGGGGCAAUCCUGACUUUCCUAUCCGUCUAUCUCUUUUCAAUGAUAUAGGCUACGGAGAAUGAAUUUCUUACUACUCCCUCCAUUUUAAAUUAUGUGGCAUCAUUUUCUUUAUAAUCUGUUCCAAAUUAAAACGAAAGUCAGUUUUCUAAAUUUGAAAACUAACUUCUAAAUUUCAAAAGUCUCAUAUUUUUAUCAAAACGCCGCGUUAAUUUAUCCGACAUCAAUUGAAUACCACUAUCUUUUUUAACAAAACAAGUUUUCGCGCGUGCCAACCUUCCAACUGGAUAAAACACGCGCAAAAGUUUCAGAAGCUUAUUAUAUAGCCGUAAACAUUAUUUAACCUUCCCUUACCUCUUAACUUUUUCAAUUUGUUGGUAAUGAUGACAUACAAUAUUGAUAUGCCUUCCCACUAAAAUGUAAUAGUGGACGGCGCAUAUAAACACUAUCAAAGCUUAAUUUUAAAAAAUAACCCUGUUUUAAAACCAGAAAAUUCUUAUAGGGUGCAAGGAAGAAAAAGCCCUUUGAUUUCGUGGUGCUCCGGAAAAGAUUUCCACUUGCUGUUAAGAUGUUGUGAUCCUGUGUGUCCCACAUUGGCUGAAUGUGGAAUUGGUGUGGGACUUAAAUAAACUUUAUCCCUCCUCAAUAGCUAAUUUUGGGGUGUGAAUUAGACCCAAAGUUGUUACAUGCUAUCAGAGCCAAUCGUUCGGCGCAUGGGGCCAAAGCUCGGAGUGGUGGUAUGCGUGCCAGGAGUAGUGUCCUGGACUCGAGAGGGGUGCCAGCUAUGACCAACUGAGCCGUGUCCCACAUCGGCUUGUGAGACUUAAAUAAACUUAGGCUCUUCCAUCCCAAUAGCUAGUUUUUGGGUGUGAGUUAGGCCAAGAUUGUUCCAUAAGAAUUAAAAAUCAUGAGAGUAUGAAAUGUAAUCUCUACAUAGUUUUGGACAAUCCCUACCUUGUGAUUCAGUCUUUACAAUCAAAUUAAGUCCAACAUCUAUUUUUCUUGACAUGGCGUUAGAUUAGCGCUUCGAAUAUCUAGUUUUGCGCGUGUAGAGUAGUUUUAGAAUUCGAAUAUCUAGUUUUGCGCGUGGAGAGUAGUUUUAGAAUUCCGCAUUGGUUAGGGUGUUAUUUUGAACAAUUCUUGAUUUAAAUUCUAUAAGUUCAACCUUUAAGGUUCUUAGCAUUAAACCUAUCAUAUUUCUAAAGUUAUGAGGUCAUAUCAACUAUUUAUUGUAAUUUUAAUGAAAUUUUCCACAUAAAUCUGUGCUCUGCGUCGAAAGAAUUGUGUUCUGACCACUAUGUUGCAUCCGGCCAUGCAUAUCAUGAACUAACUUUUGUGGUUUAGUAGGUCCGACGAGAAAAAAUUCUUCCAUCUAAGGAAAGUGAAAGGAAUUAAAUCUUACCACUACCAGCCCAGUCUUUAGUAGAUUGAUCACCAUAGUGUCUACUAUUUGAAUCCUUCCCUUUGUGAGAGUAAGAAUCCCAAAUCAAUUGAUCACCAAUCAUGAACAUUCUUAUUGAGUUUCUAGCACUUUUAGUCUUCUUUUAUCCACCUUGUUUAGGUAAAAAUCAUGCCAACUCGAGUGACUAUGCUGCUUUGCUGGCAUUUAAAUCGAGCCUUCGGUUGGAACCUCACAAUAUUUUGUCCACCAACUGGAGCUCAGAGACACACUUCUGCAGCUGGUAUGGAGUUUCAUGUUUGAACCAGAGAGUUGUAGCUUUGCAACUUCCUAAUUUGGCCAUUCAAGGCAGAAUUGUUUCAGAAAUAGCCAACUUGACUCAACUUGCUGUUCUUGAUCUUAGUAACAAUGAAUUGAAUGGCAAUUUGCCAACUGAAUUGGGCUUCUUGCAACAGCUGAGACUUCUCAAUGUGACUGGGAAUCUCUUGAUGGAACCAUUCCUCCAAACAUAAGCCGUUGUCGUUUACUGCAAGAACUUCAUUUAUCGGAAAACAUGAUAAAAGGAAGCAUACCUCAAGAACUUGGCCUUUUAAGCCAACUCAGAUUUCUGCGUCUCAAUGACAAUAACCUAACAGGAAAGAUUCCAUCUUUAUUAGGAAACUUAUCAAGGAUGGAAUAUUUUUAUCUGCAUGAAAAUGUUUUGAGAGGUGAAAUACCUGAUGAAAUUGGCCAUCUUUCCAAUUUGAGGCUCCUUGCCUUUCGUGGCAAUAACUUCACCGGAUCGGUACCUGCUUCAAUUUUCAAUAUUUCAAGAUUGCAGAUUGUAGAUCUCUCCAUAAAUGCCUUGACAGGGGAACUUCCAAGUGAUUUGGGUAAUUAUCUUCCAAUCCUUGAACAUCUUUAUCUGGACAGCAACAGGAUCACUGGGAAAAUCCCGGUUUCUUUAUCUAAUGCAUCAAAAAUUACAUAUCUUUUCUUCACUGAAAAUGAUCUGCAAGGAAACAUUCCAAGUGAGUUUGGUAAGUUGCAUGAACUGAUCUUUUUUGAUUUUGAAUAUAAUCGAAUUUCUGGUGCCAUCCCGUCCAGCUUAUUUAAUAUUUCGUCGCUUGAAGUCCUCAAAGCCAGGCAUAAUUACUUAAAUGGACACCUUCCUCAUGAUCUUGGUACUUGGCUACCUAACUUGCUUGAGAUUUUCCUUUCACAUAAUCAACUCAGUGGAGAUCUACCCUCUGCAAUAUGCAAUGCUUCAAAGCUUGAAAAUCUUGAAGUUGCAAACAAUACUUUUACUGGACCGAUUCCCAUGAUGUUAGGUAACCUGAUAGACCUUAUAACUCUAAAUCUGCAAAAUAAUCUAUUGGAAAACAUGCCUGGAGCCACAAAACUUGACUUCCUGAAUUCAUUGGUAACCAGCAGGAAUCUGGUGUACCUGAUCCUUCAAACUAAUCCUUUGAACGGAAUAUUCCCAGGAUCAAUAGGAAAUUUAUCAAGCAAAAUCAAGGUUCUUGCUGCAGCAGACUGUGGUAUUAGAGGCCAUAUGCCAACGAACCUUGGAAACUUAAGUGGCUUGCUUUACCUGGGAUUAGAAAAUAAUAACCUUGUCGGCAAUGUGCCCCACUCGUUUGUUGGCUUGCAAAAUCUGGAAAGGCUGUAUCUUACUGGAAACAAAUUAGAAGGGCCAUUUCCAGCUGAACUGUGCAGCAUAGGAAGAUUAGGUCUACUGGACUUGGGAGAAAACAGACUGUCAGGAUCAAUACCCUCAUGUAUUGGAAAUCUGACUGAAUUAAGAGAAAUGUCAAUAGCUGCUAACAAUUUCAAUUCAAAGUUACCUUCAAGUUUCUGGAGAUUAAUUAAACUUGACCAUUUGAACUUAUCCAGAAACCUGCUGCGUGGUUUCUUACCUUCUGAUGUGGGAGCCCUGAAAGCAAUGAGCAUCAUGGACAUCUCUUUUAAUAAGUUUAUUGGUGAAAUACCCUAUUACAUAGGGUCCCUCCAAAAUCAAGUUUCACUAGAUAUGUCAAGAAAUGCAUUCCAAGGUCCCAUACCGGACACAUUUAGCAAUCUAAUAGUUCUUGAGUAUUUGGAUUUGUCUACUAAUUCUCUAUCUGGUAUGAUUCCCAAAUCUCUGGAGCUAUUGCGAGAUCUCAAGUAUCUCAAUGUUUCUUUCAACAACUUGCAAGGAGAAGUUCCAAACAAAGGAGUAUUUUCAAAUCUUAGUUACCGGUUCUUGAUGGGAAAUCCGGAACUUUGUGGAGCACCCGACGUACAUAUUCCUUUGUGUCCAGCUCAAGGAACCACAACAACAAGGAAAAAGUCCCUUAUCCUUAAAACAACAAUGCCUGUUGCUGCAACAUUUCUGAUAUUGGUCGUGUUUUUUUUCACAUGGAUGAUUUGGUCAAGGAAAAAACAUGUGAUUGGAAACAAUGGAUCGGAUUCCUUCCCUAGAAUGGGACAUCAGAAAAUCACUUAUUAUGAGCUUCUCGAAGCUACAGAAAAUUUCAGUCAGUCCAACCUAGUGGGAAGUGGAAGUUCUGGUUCAGUCUACCAAGGUACAUUUUCUGGCGGUACUGUCUUUGCAAUCAAAGUUUUCAAUAUGCAAUGGCAAGGGGCUUUAAGAAAUUUUGAUUCAGAAUGUGAAAUUUUGAGCAAUGUAAGACACAGGAACUUGGUCAAGAUAGUGUCAACUUGCUCAAAUGGGGAUUUCACAGCGAUGGUGCUGGAGUACAUGCCUAAUGGAAGCUUAGAUAAAAGACUGUACUCCGAUAUAAAUUGCUUGAGUCUUGUUGAAAGACUCAAUAUAAUGAUCGACGUAGCCCUGGCCAUGGAGUAUCUUCAUAAUGAUUGUACAGUGCCUAUUGUGCACUGUGAUCUAAAGCCGGCUAACGUGCUUCUCGAUCAGGAUCUGACUGCUCAUGUGGCAGAUUUUGGAAUUUCAAAAAUGUUGGCACAAGAAGGAAAUAUUGCUCAAACCAAGACUCUUGGAACUAUUGGUUAUAUUGCUCCAGAAUAUGGCUUAGAUGGACAAAUCUCCACCAGCAGUGAUGUCUAUAGCUUUGGGGUUUUGUUGCUUGAGACAUUCACAAGAAAGAAGCCUACGGAUGACAUGUUUGGAGGAGACUUAAGCUUGCAUAAAUGGGUAUCUCUCUCAUUUCCUGAUGCUGUACUGGACAUUCUGGACGCAGAUCUUGCUGGUGACAUUGGCUAUACAAGAGGUAAAAAUGAUGAAAAUCUAAGCCAAAUCAAGCAGUUGUUGGUUUUGAUCAUAAAUGUGGCAUUCCUAUGUUUGAAAGAAUCUCCAGAGGAAAGGAUAAACAUGAGAGAGGUUGUGGUGCAGCUAAAGAAGAUAAGAGCUGAAUUAACCAAGCUUUUGACGCAUACUCAUAGAAUAUGAGAAAGAGGAUUGAUGCAUCAACAAGAAGAUUCACUUUUUUGAUAUCCUGUAUACACAGAUAGCUAAUGUUGUGCCUACCAGUCUUUUUCUACAUGAAGCCAUGUUUUUGUCCAGUAUCUUAAUUCUCUGCCAAAAGAGUGAUUCGUUUGGUUACUCUUCAUAUUAAG